UGUUCGCAAGGACUUGGGAUCUGGGAUGAAGGAGGAGCUUGUUCCUCGGCCUGGGGCAGGGGGGAGGGAGAUGACCCAAGAAGAAAAGCUGCAGCUUCGGAAGGAGAAGAAACUGCAGAAGAAGAAAUGGAAGGAGGAAAAGGGGGAAGAACCAGAAACUGGCUCUGCUGUAUCUGCAGUCCAAUGUCAAGGCCCGACCAAAGACCUGCCUGGACUGGACAGUCAGUUGGGCAGUGCCAAGGAGAAAGUUCCAGCAGGUGGGAGUAAGGCUGAACUUCGAGCUGAAAGGCGGGCCAAGCAGGAGGCUGAGCGGGCCCUGAAGCAGGCAAGAAAAGGGGACCAAGGAGGGCCACCUCCUCAGGCCUGCCCCAGCACAGCUGGAGAAACCCCCUCAGGAGUGAAGGGUCUACCCGAGCAGAGUCAGGUUGAUGACUCCACGCUUCUGAGGAAGCUUGUUAAAAAACCAGAACGACAGCAGGUUCCUACACGAAAGGAUUAUGGACCCAAAGUCAGUCUCUUCUCCCACCUACCCCAGUACAGCAGACAGAACUCUCUGAGCCAGUUUAUGAGCAUCCCAUCCUCUGUGACCCCCCCAGCCAUGGUGCGACUCGGCCUGCAGUACUCCCAGGGCCUGGUCAGUGGCUCCCAUGCCCAGUGCAGCCUGCUUCGUGCCUUGCAGCAGGUGAUUCAGGACUACCCCCCACCUCCCAGUGAAGAACUGUCAAGGGACCUAGUGAAUAAACUAAAGCCCUACUUCAGCUUCCUGACUCAGUGCCGUCCCCUGUCAGCGAGCACGUACAACGCCAUCAAGUUCCUUAACAAGGAGAUCACGGGUGUGAGCGGCUCCAAGCGGGAAGAGGAGGCCGAGUCAGAACUUCGAGCAGCCAUCAGACCAUAUGUGCAAGAGAAGAUUGUGCUUGCAGCUCAGGCAAUCUCACGCUUUGCUUAUGAGAAGACCAGCCGGCCACAGCUGGAGGGAAAGCACACGCUACGUUCUCUGGUCUGUGCUGGGGUCCCUGCCUCCUACCUGCUGAUUCCUGCAGCUUCCUUUGUGCUCCCAGAGGUUUCUAAGGUGCUGUUGGGAGCUCAUGCACUCCUGGCCAACAGGUCUGUGAUGUCACGGGUAGGGACAGCACAGCUGGCCCUGGUGGCACGGGCCCAUAAUGUGCCAGUGCUGGUCUGCUGUGAAACAUACAAGUUUUGCGAGCGUGUGCAGACUGAUGCCUUUGUCUCUAAUGAGCUAGAUGACCUUGACGAUCUGCUGUGUGAGCGAGGAGAACGUGUGGUCCUGGCUGACUGGCAGAACCACUCGUCCCUAUGGUUGUCGAAUCUGGUCUAUGAUAUGACCCCCCCAGAACUGGUGGAUCUGGUGAUCACGGAGCUGGGCAUGAUCCCUUGCAGUUCUGUACCUGUUGUGCUGCGAGUCAAGAGUAGUGACCAGUGA